CGAAAAUCGACCCCUAGGCACAUCACGCCAAAUACCCAACCCAUGGCAGCUGACUCUCGACCCUCAUACCCCAUUACCUACAUUUUACUGUACUCUCUCUGCACACCCUCAGGGCGCAUUCAUAGUGUUCCAUUCCCCAAUGUCUCUCAUGUAGACUGACGGGUGGCGUACUUCCAGUGCAGCUUCUCCGUGUGACUAAGUGCUUCGCGCGUGCCACCCAUAACACGAGUACACCGAAAACCUCGCGACGCCCAUGCACCACCAGGCAGACGAAGCUUCACUUCUUUUUGGGUACAAUCUGUCCUGUCCUCGAAUACACCGGCUCUUGUACUCACUCGCUCCAUUAUGACUGUGGCCAUCGGGCGCGCUCUCUUUCUGUAUAUAUAACUUCCAGAAUCGGCUCGUCGUCCGAGCCGCAUCUGCAGUAACCUGACGAUCGUGGAGUUCGCAAGCAUGGGGACUUCACUCGCUCUCGAUGAACUCAAACGCUAUGCAAUCGAUCUGAACGAAAUCAAACGUUACGAAGUCACAGAGGUCUACGCACCUCCAGAUGCCAAGGUCGAUAUUGUCUUUGUACAUGGACUGAAUGGUGAUCCAAGACACACAUGGACUUCGAAGGAAAAGGGCACAUUUUGGCCAUCGCAACUGCUGCCAGUCUCACUUAAGUCUGCACAGGCGAGGAUAUUGGUAUAUGGAUACAAUGCAGACGUAUAUACAUUUGGAAGCAGCAAAGGCGGGCCAAGCUCAGACAUGAUUCACCAACACGCGCAAACGAUGCUCAAGAACCUCGCAUCCGAACGAACAAACGAAGAAGUCGAAGCACACCCCAUCAUAUUCGUCGCCCACAGCUUAGGAGGAAUCCUCGUCAAACGCGCCCUCGAACUCUCCCACGACCUCCAAGGCAAGAGCGACGACGCCCUCCGCUCUAUCUACGUCUCGACCUACGGCGUCAUCUUCCUAGGCACGCCACACAACGGCGCCGACCCCGCCAAAUGGGGUAUCAUCCUCCAAGGCAUGGUCGACGCGCUCAUCCCGCGCAAGAUCAUGUUUUCGCACUCGCAACUCGUCAAAACGCUGCAAAGCAACAACGAGACGCUGCAGAACAUCAAUCUGAAAUUCCUGGACAUCUAUCCGAAUCACCUCAAAGUGUGCAUGGUGCACGAGGCGCACCCGACGGAUCUGAAGGGCACGAGGAUGAUGAUUGUUGAUCAGCUUUCAGCGGGGCCGCUGUUGCCGGAUGUGCAGUAUUUUGGCAUCGAGGCGACGCAUUCGGGGAUGUGUAAGUUUGAAAGUAAGAAUUCGCCGGGGUAUACGAACGUUUCUGUUACGUUGAAGCAGUGGGUCCAAGAAGCUCCUCCAUCUAUACAGCAAAAUUGGGAAGAAGAGAGAAUUCUGAGACAGAGGCAAAGGGAGGGUGAAGCUGCUAAGUUGUUGGGGAUCUCGGUACUUCCAGCAGGAACACCGCGGCCUACGUCGCCGGCUCGAAAUACUUCUGCACCAAUGAAUUCCCCCUCAACAAUAACCAUAACCCCCACCAUCAUCGACCUCCCUCCCACCACCCUCUCCGAACAAGACGCCCCCUACUUCAUCAAACCCUCCGGCUUCCGCCCAAACUCCCUCUUCGUCGGCCGCUCCUCAGAACUCCUCGCCAUGCACCGCAUGCUCUUCGACCCCAAGCGCCGCGCCGAAGGCACCUCCGCCGUACUCAUCCAAUCCUUACCCGGGGGCGGCAAAACGCAUUUAGCGCGCGAAUACGUCUAUCGCCACAAAGACGAUUUCCCCGGGGGCAUCUUCUGGCUGCGCGCGAAGAGCGAGACGGAGCUCGCGGCCGGGUUCUGGGAUAUUGCGUGUAAAGCAGCGUUGAAGAAUAUGGAGGGGCAUGAUAUCGACACUUCGGAAGCGGAAGAAGUGCACCACGAGAAGUUCAUCCAAGCAGUGAGAAAAUGGUUCGAGAAGCGGCACGAGUGGUUGUUAGUACUGGACGGGAUGCAUUUUAAUCACGGCGUGCUGCGGAAGUUUAUCCCGGAUAGCAGGAAUACGAGUUUGAUUUACACGUCGACGGAGAAGGCUGUUAUCGGGGACCAUCAUUUUAUGAAUCCGCAGAUUAUUAAGUUGCCGUUAUUGUCGGCGAGAGAGGCGCAAAGGCUGUUGUUGCUGGAGUUGGGUAGGCAGGAGCCGUUUGGGAGGGAUGAUUUGAAGUACUCGAUGGAGCUGGUUCAGUCGAUGGGGUUCUUGCCCGUGGUUAUCCACGCCGUAGCGCAGCGGCUGAAAGCGACUGAUGAGCCGCUGUCGAAGUUUGCGAAGUCGUAUUCGUCGGAGCCGCGAUUGAGGGGGUUGGGGACGUAUACCGCCGUCGUGGAUCAGUUGAAGGAUCUUGGUGCAGUUGAAGCGUUGAAUCUUAUCCAUCUGAUCUGUUUCUUUAGUCAGCAUAUCCCGGUGGAGAUGAUUUCUUUGGGAUUGAGGGCAUCGGAUGUCGAGGUCAAGGCGAUGGAACAGGUGACGGGGCGCUCGUUGAACAAUACGUUCAAGAUCUUGAAUACGUUUGCGUUGAUGGAUCGGAAUGAGCAUGAGGCGCCACAGAUGCAUUCAUCGCAGAGCUCGAAGGAUAGUCGGGAUAUGUUGGCUGAUAACAUUGAUGUCAUCCGGCUUCACAGCGUCGUGCAAGCUUUCUUUGUCGAUACGCUACAUGCUGAAGGUACAUUGCCCGUUUGGCUUGAUCGAGCAGUCCAUGUAUUUUGCUGCUCGUAUGAUAUUGCCAAUGAACGAAUCGCUCGCAAACACAACACAGGCCGAGUGGAAGAUUAUCGACUGUACGAGAUUCACGGCAAGAAAUUACAAGAGCAUCUCACGAAAUACAAUUCUCGACAUGUAAUCCGAGGCCCAAUCGAAGACGCCAACAUCCGUCCUGGUAUCACGAGACGGACAUCCAAGCACCUCACCUCAUCACAAAAACGCCUUAUGGUAGACGCCCAAGACCUGCUCUCCAAACGCCUAACAUCCAUCCGCACCGAGAUCGAGCGUCGAACCCUAGACGCAUCCGAUGUAAUAGCAGGCGGCAAGCCCGAGACGUUCCAAUGCUCCAUCUUCGACCGCACAAGCAGCUCUUCUGACACCGGGCCCGAGACGCCUGGUUCGCACAAUAAAUUCCACUCCAGCGUCUCAACAUGGGGUCUGGAGCCCGAUAAAGGACAAUUGGAAUCGCCGGAGAGCUUGACGCAUGAUUACUUGCGCCGUUUGGACAGUGCGUAUAACAAUAGACAUCAGUUCCCGAUUUCCAUGCCCGAGGAUCCGGGGUAUGAUACUGAUAACGAGGAUUCGGUCGCGAUGACAAUUCAGCCUUCACAGGGGACGAUGCGCGCUGAGUCUGCUGGUGGAUGGGAAGAAGUCCGACCAAGGAGAUGGAGGGCGGGUGCUGAGGAGUUGCCGUUACAUCGCACGAUCAAGAAUCUGGAGAGGACGCGAUACCGUGAUAGUGCAGGAGCGUUCCGAGCCAUGAUUUCGUCGGAUCCGAGGGCGAUGAAGGAUACAUAUCUGGAUGUCACGAGCGUGAUCGACACCGCUCAAGGAUAUCUGCAGAAUUCGUCGUCGAGGGAACAAUCGAGGGGUAGGAUGUCGAGUCAAUCGAGCGCGGAAGCCGCGUUGAAUAACAUCAGUCAGAGUAGUCCACCGCCCGCUCGAGGGGGAGGGAAGAUCCAGGACCGGAGAUCCUCGUCGUCGAGAGCUCGUCCGAGAGGGGGGAUGGUGGCUGGGACGCCUUCUUACGCUCAUGCUGUUACGAACGCUACUCCAGAUACAGUUGGGAGUUACAGAUUCCCCACAACCGAACAGCUCCCCGAAUCAAGCAAUAGUUCGACCUCAGAUCAACACAGCACCGCCAUCGAAUCCCUCCAGAAAUUCCCCGUGGCAGCGAGAAUGCCUCCUUAUCCCCCUUCCCCCGAAUACCCCGCCACAACAACAACAACAUAUUCCCAAGAAAACCUCACCCUAGGUCCAAACCCCUACCCCACAACCCUCUACCCGCCCCUGCAAGGCCUCCCUCCAAUCGAACUCCACCCCUCCACCAUCCAGCGCACCUCCCAAACCUUCUCCGGCUCCCUCCCCCCACCCCUCCGCCCCAGCUCCUCAACCACCAGCUCCCUCCUCCCGCCCGACAUCCUCUCUUUAUCCUCGCCUAACAUCAAACUCCACAACUCAAGCGCCUACUACCCGGGCCGUCCGGAAUUCUCGCACCAGGAAGAAGGCGGCUAUACAUCCCAACCCAUGAGUCGGGAUGUCUCAGGACAAAGCAAGAAGGGGAAGCGGAGAGCAAGUGUCGCGGAAACAGAGCCGAUGCCCAGGCUGCCAAGGUUUAGCCCCAGGAUUCCGCCGACGAGUUAUCAGGUUUAUGAGAGGAUGCGGGAGAGGGAUUUACUUGGAGAGGAGGAGGAGGAUCUAGAGUUCGAAGACGCUAGACAACGUGAAGGGAUGAUGGUGAAGCAGAGUCCGAGACUCGAACUCGCGAGGCUGGCGUUGAGGGAGAGGAUCGAUGGGAGUGUCGACCCAUUCCAACCUCCGCACCUACAGCAAAAACCACCAUUCGACCCAAAUGCCCCGUCGUUCUCUCCCACCGCCCCAGGACCGCCGCCGAAUUCAAUGCUAAGCAGCCUCUCCUCGCUCCCAGGUCCGGGUUCGGGGCCGCUGCCUUACCCCUCCCCUCCGCGGAUGAACGAUUCUUUCUACUCAAGACCGCAGCCGCAUAAUACACCAGCUUCUUUCCCCGCGGCUUUCCCCUCCCCGCAAUCGGUGUACGCUGAUACUACAGCUUCAGCUUCGCCGCGUAUGCCUUCGACGCAAGCACAGGCAGCGGAUAUGGAACGGGGUGGGAGUGGGGGAAGCGGUGGGAUCGUGACGGGGGGUCGGUUGGUUGAGUUUGGGGAGUAUCCUGAUCCCGAGGUGGUGGAUGGAAAUGGGAGAGGGAGGGCAGAUGUGGGGAAUGUUGGGUUGGGGCUGGGGUUGGAUUUUGGCCCGGGUGGUGGGUGGUGAGAGGUUUGGUUUAUGUAUGUGUAGGAGAAACCCCUUUUUUUCGUAUUUUAUUCAUAGAGUUCGGAAUUUGUGAAAUUAUGGAGUUUAUGGACUUGGUUAGAGUUGGAUCGGAGGGAAAGGAAAAAGAAUUUCCCUUUUGGCUGCAUAAUUACACGGGUCGUUUGGGUAGCAUAUAAGCCAGGGUUAAUAUUGUAGCAUUUAAAUUUCUGGGUCUUGUUGAUCUAUCGAUCGAUGCAUUUUUACUUUUCUCUGAAGUUAU